UUCGCAAUUUUUCGCUAUCAGUGCAGGGGCCAUAUUGUUGAUGUGUCACCUCGGGAGGAGAUCACUUACACGGGCUUGACUCUCACUAUUUAUCACUACAGCUGGUGUAUGGCAUUUUAAAUGGAUUUAACAUAACCGUGCCAGUUGCUGAAGGAGAUCAUGGAGCAGUUGGAUUGUCAGAGUGAACUGACCCCUGUCUCUGACCCCUCACAAAGUUCAGAGGUCAACAUGGUUCCGGAUGGGUCAACCUAUGUCCUCAGCAAUGAGGGUGAACCUGUUUUAAAAGAACAGGAUGAAGACACUGAGCUGGACAGUCUUGAGCUGGAUGGUACUCUUCCAGGUAGUGUGGACAGAGGAGGUCACACAGAGGUUCAGCCAGAGGAUGGAUCUGGAGGACAAGCACAGGGUGAUGGGAACACUAGCUGUGACAGUGGAACAGCCUCCAUUGAUGAUGCCAGGACACCAAUAGCUGUCCACGACAGUGUUGUAGAAUCACUUCCCGCUGUUUUUGAUGGAGAACUCGGAUGUUCUGGCAUUGAGGAACCAGCAGGGGUGGUUCCAGAAUCAGACAGUGGGACUCAGAAUGAGGUAGAGGAAUCUUCUCCAUCUGUUCUGAAUGGGACAGAUGAUUUUUCAUCCACAGAGUUUGAUGCAUUUAAUGGGCCAACAGAACUUAACGGACCUCCUUUGACUUCUACACCAGCUGGUCAGGGUGAGGAACUGCCAGAUGUUGUUUCAGUACCACUUAACUCACAAUCCAACUCCAACAUGAACCCAUAUGACACGGACUGCAGCAGGAAGCUGAUGUCUGAGAUCCAACGCUCUUUGUCUCAGGAGUCUCUACUGGAUGAGCUGGAAGAUGAGCUGUUGAACAGUCAGUCAGAGGGCCUCCGAAAGGGACAUCCUUCCAAUGGACUACAGAAGGACCAGAACUCCAUGGCUUUGUUUGAGAAGUGUGUACAGUACAAGUACUCCCAACAAGAGAAAGCCAUCAAGAGGUUGCUUGAUGAGAAUAAGAAACAUCAGGAGCUGAUUCUGGGCAUCUGCUCCGAGAAAGACAACAUGAGGGAUGAGCUGAAGAAGAGGAUAGAGACGGAGAAACAGCAUCAUUGCACUAUUAAGAAGUUUGAAAGCCGGGUGGAGGAACUAAUGAAGGAACUAAAAGACUCUAGAGACAAACUGGUUCACCAGGAUCAGGCUGCUAAGAAUGCCAUCCAGCAGAUGCAGAGGGAUAUUGCCUAUAGGCUUGAACAGGCCAAUAAGAAAUGUGAGGAGGCUCGUCAGGAGAAGGAGACAAUGGUGAUGAAGUAUGUUCGAGGUGAAAAGGAAGCACUGGACCUGCGGAGGGAGAAGGAACAGCUGGAGAAGAAGCUACGGGAGGCCACAACGGAAGUAGACAAGCAGGCCAGACGAGGAAACACGCUGGCCCAGGAAAAAGGCCGCCUGCAGCAGCUCUAUGAUGCCAAGGAGAAUGAGGUGACGAGACUUUCCCGUGAACUGGAGAAAGUCAAGGAAGAAAUCAAUUCUCAUGUCAUCAAAGUAAAGUGGGCUCAGAACAAAUUGAAGACUGAAACGGAUGCUCACAAGGAAACAAAGGACCGGUUAAGAGAAACCACCGCCAAGCUCACUCAAGCAAAAGAAGAGACUGAACAGAUUCGCAAAAACUGCCAGGACAUGAUCCGCACGUACCAGGAAUCUGAGGAGAUUAAGUCAAAUGAAUUGGAUGCAAAACUACGAGAGACCAAAGGAGAGCUGGAGAAGCAAAAACAAGAGCAAACAGACCAUCUAGAGAUGCACAAGGCCAAGAUUAAGGAGUUGGAGGAUCUCAAGAGGACUUUUAAGGAAGGCAUGGAUGAACUGACCACCCUCCGGACCAAGGUUAAGUGUCUGGAGGAUGAACGGCCCCGCUGGGAAGAUGAACUCUGCAAAUACAGAGAGAUCAUUAACAGACAGAAGGCUGAGAUUCAGAACCAGAGGGAAAAACUCUCUGCCAUCACUAGACUAGAGGAGCAGCACCAGAGGGAUGAUCAGGAAAUUGCAUCCUUGCGGGAGGAGGUGGAGAAUCUGAACUCUCAGAUAACUGACCUGCAGAGGGACAUUGAAGGCAGCAGGACGAGAGAGGCAGAGCUACUGGGCUUUACUGAGAAACUCACCAGUAAAAAUGCUCAGCUCCAGUCUGAGAACAACAGCUUACAGGCCCAGCUGGACAGAUUGAACAAUGACUCCAGAGAGCUGCACAGCAAACUAGAGGAGACAGAGAGAUCCCUCUCUGAAAUGACUGAAAGGUUGAAGACAGAGGUGCAAAAGAGACAAGAGGAAGUUUUGGCGUUGCAGACGGAGAGAAUGUCAUUGCAGACGGAGACGUCACAACUAAAGACGCGUGUGGAGGAGUUACGAGACGAACUGGUCACUCAGAAGAGAAAACAGACGGCCAACAUCAAAGACCUCACCAAGCAGCUCACGCAGGCUCGUAAGAAGCUGGAUCAGGUGGAGAAUGGAGGAUGUGAUCGAGAGGGCAGCAGUAUGGGCAGCCGCUCCAGUUCCUCAGGCUCUCUAAACGCACGGGGUAGCAGUAUGGAUGAUCGCUCUCCGGAGAAUCAGUCCGGUUCAUCUGUGGUAGUGGUGGACAGCUUUCCUGAAGUGGACAAAGCUGUGCUGGUGGAGCGUAUCGUCCGGCUGCAGAAAGCACAUGCUCGUAAGAAUGAAAAGAUUGAAUUCAUGGAGGACCACAUCAAACAACUGGUGGAGGAGAUCAGGAAAAAGACAAAGAUUAUCCAAAGUUACGUGCUCAGAGAAGAGACUGGAGCUCUGUCUUCAGAAGCCUCAGACUUAAACAAAGCUCACUUGAUCCGGAGGGGUGGCAUCAUGGCCUCGCUGUACACCUCCCACCCCGCCGACAGCGGCCUCACUCUCGACCUCUCGCUGGAAAUCAACCGAAAACUCCAGGCUGUGUUGGAGGACACCCUGCUCAAAAACAUCACACUGAAGGAAAAUCUCCAGACGCUGGGUUCGGAGAUCGAACGACUAAUCAAGCAGCAAAGGGUGCCGGAUGAUACAGCCGGAAGGAAGUGAAGUCAGCUGAAGAGAUGGCUGUUACAGUAAACAGCACACGCUGUUCAACUGAGCCUGACACAAAACGCUUGAGGACAAAACAGUUCUCAUUUGAUCAGACAAGAUCAGUCUGAAACAUACACUGGAAACACAGUUUGUGGUGAAGACUGAACUGCGCCAGAGAUACUCGUGUGACAAAUGAAUGAAAAGCACAGAGGUUACCAAGAGUCUGUGCUCACUUUUCUUCUUCACAUCGUGCCCAACAUCCACCAUUCCUCUCUUCACCGUCCUCUGUGAUGUAGCCGGCUCAUCUGUGCCUUGAUGAGUCAAGUUCAUCUGGUUCAGAGCAGAAUUGCAGUACUAUAUCCAACGACCCGAUGUGUGAAGUUGGGUAGAUGAGUGAAUAUUCUAAUAAAUGUGACCCCACGCUCUUUUUGAAGAACAAAAUACGCUGGACUAAUGGAGACCUGCAGAUUGUGCAGCUCUUUAGAGGCUUUCAGAGGCUUUUCCUCUAUUCACGACGUCGCAGGUUAAUGGCUGCUCCUCCUCGCUCUCAUUUCCCCCUCAUGCAAACGUGCCAAUUAAUGAAUGUAUUAUGUAAUGAAAAGGACCCUUGUAUGUAAUCCCACACGCUCUGACCCAAGAGAGUGGGCAACAUUCCCCGUUCGCGCUGCUGCUAGGUUACCGCUACGCCCGGAUAGCGUUAUCUCUCAUAAAGCACUUAGGCGAGAAGGCCCAUGCCAAAAAGUACAGUUCUUGCUCUGUCUCAUUAUGAAGUUAAAAACAUUAUUCAGAAUGAUUAACUUCAUCUUAGAAAGGUUGAUCCAUCUUGGGCUAGUCUUAAGGGAGCUUGCAUUUUUAUUAUCAGUUUGUUUUAUCUGGAUUAAGUUGUAAUUAAAUGUUGUUAUUUUCCCCCCCAUUUUCUUCCCCCCUUCUACCUCGGCUUGUGUUUUUUUGUUGUUGAAACAAGCUUGUAACUGUUUUAUGUUCCAUCUUUUUUUUCUUUUCUUUCUAUGACGUUGCAAAGCUACUUUUGAGAGAGUAACAUCCCCAUGAAAUGGAGACAUUGUAAAUAUUAAGGGCAAAAGUGCAAUUUUAACCCCCUUUUUGUUUGUUUGACUGAGCCAUAAUCACCCUGGCCAGCGUCCCAUCUAAGACUCCUGAAAAAUAUCCCGUUAACAUCCAAUUCCGUGGUGAUGUAACCAUAUGGUAUGCAAUAUCAUGCAGAGCUGAAUCCAUUCCUACCCAUGAAUUGCGACUGCUGUAGGCUUCGCUGUUCUGAUUUCGACUCCGUCCCUUCUUUCAGGGGUGCAUGAUGAGGAAUUGCACCAUCGGGAUUCAGCUGAUGGAUUUUUCACUUUCACCUGUAGAGCUUGUAAAAGACAGACAUGCAUUGAUUGGCAGGUCUCAGCCAGUUUACCAACCAUUUUAGUGCCAUUCUCACUGGGUUUUCUCCCGCUUGAGUCACUAUUGAAAGUAAAAUCAUGCCAUACACUGUGAUAAAGGGUUUAUAAUAACACGGCUCACUGCGAUAUAAGCUUGUCAAGGUCAUAUCAGCUGUUCCAACUCGAGAGCCUGUAUUGUAGCUUUCAGUUCUCCCAAAUCCUAAACACAUUGCUCACAUUCCGGAAAACGCAGGAUGAAGGAAAUUAUGCAAUGCUAUCAGAAAAAAAAGCAUUUACACACAGCCCUUAAUGGCGAAAUGAAGACUCACUAAUCUGUUGAUAAUUUGUCAGUGUACUUUACAUUCAUAAUUUAUUUAAUGUCUCAAAAUAGAAGAAAGAUCUCUUGAAGUAUGUAUGUUUGUGAAUGGUGAAUUGAAAUUGAAAAGGAAAAAAAUGAUGUGUUUAUUCUGUUUGUGGUCUGUAACCUGUCCUCUGCUUGAUUGUAUAGUGAGUGAAACUGUGAUUAUAAACUUGUAGAUAUAUUGUACAAUGGUCCAAUGUUUUUAAACUUCUGGAGUCUUCUGUUCUGUAUAUAUGGCGUUUAAAG